AUGUCUCAAGCUCUGGCAAAGGCUGCAAAUCUCACACCGGCAAUCCGACUCGGCCAGGCGGUGUCUAACUUCAAAGCGACGCUGUCUAGCAGUGACAAGAUCCAUCUGGAUAAUGAACUCUCCACGCUUGCGAAUCACCCUCCUGGUGUGUCUGAUGUCAGCCGUGUCAUCAGCGAGAUCAAUCUUCGCAUCAAGGCAAAUACACGGCAUUCUUUUGGACCGCGCUUCAUGAAUAUCCUCCUCGUUGUCCAGGAGUAUGUUGCACUGGGAGACAUCAUCCUUGGCGCAUCCCAGAAUCUGCUGGCAUGCUCCAUCUGGGCCGUGAUGCUCUCGCGGUCGACAUCACACCUCGAACAAAUGAGUGACCUCUUUAUGAAGGCAGGGAGGAAUGUACCGCGAUACCAAGAGAUGGAGUUGCUUUAUCCGCGAUCUAAACGGCUUCAGGAUGGGAUGUGUGAAUACAUGAUUGUGAUUGUGAAUAUCUGUCAACACGGCGUCCGGGUUUUGCAGAAAUCGACCUUUUCUCUGACCACACUCACAAUGUUUGACUCGAGUUUGGCCGGCUUGCAGAAGUCGCUGGAUGGCUGGUCGACAUUCAUCAAGGAGGAGGCAAGCCAACUGCUCCAUCGGGGGAUGGUAGAAGAAGCCCAAAAAAACUCGACCUUCCGCAGAACUAUGACUGUCUUCAAUUCCUCCCGAGAACAUCAUCACCGACUGGCUCUGAAAGUGCGCUGGUUGAAGGCGUGUUCAACGUACGACUAUCAAACGACAUGGAAGCAGGCACGGAAAAAGGGCAACUGCUCUUGGUUUUCAACGGCUGCCGAAUAUACUCAGUGGAAAGAACAAGCCUCACCCUCUCAUCUCUUCUGUGUCGGCAAAUUGGGAUCUGGCAAGACGACGCUGAUGGCCAACAUAGUCGACGAUCUCAGCGUUUCUUGGACAAUGGUUUACUUCUUCUGUCGCUAUGAUAUUGCUGAGUCUUUGAGUGCGACCACCAUCAAUGGCUGUCUGACCAGACAGCUAUUAGAGCAUUGCCAGUUGAAUUUGGAGACUCUUGAGGUGAGCUUCGCAGGAAAGGUUCCAUCAACGUCCAAUUCAACCUUCCUCGAACUGUUAAAGUGCCUCCUUCCGAAAGACUCAACCUAUACUAUCCUCCUUGACGGACUGGAUGAGUGCCAGAAUGAUGAAAUCGACGGAGUGAUGGAAUUCUUUCAGUCCCUUGCGAAGAUGUUUCCCAUACGCGUGUGCCUCUCACUUAGAAACGACACCGCUCGCAGUAUUCCUGUGAAACUAUCAGGAAAGGCACAGUCAACCACACUCGAGAUACCUGAGGAUAAUCCGGAUAUCGAGGCGUACAUUGAAUCUGAAUUGAAGGAUCGCCUCGAAUCCGGUAAUCUGUCAAUCGGGAAUCUGCUUACAGUACUCGCCAUUCAGGAAACCCUGCAGAGUAAAUCCCAGGGAAUGUUUCUAUGGACAGCACUGCAGUUGGACUGUAUCUGUGCAGAGCAAACCGACGAAGAUAUUCUCCAGGCGUUGAAGGAUCUGCCGAAUGACCUGAUCAGCACAUUUGUCCGUGUUCUUGAAAAAUCCAGUCCAGCCGAACCCAAGAAUGGUCGGCGAGUUAUCGAGCUUCUGGUUGCUGCUCGACGGCCCCUGAUGACUGCAGAGCUGCAAGAAGCCCUCAGUGUAGAGCCCGGUGACACCGAAUGGAAGCCGUCACGCCAGAUCAACAAUAUCCAGGCCAUCCUGGCCUACUGGGGAAGUCUAUUGACCAUAGAUGAAGAGGAGCUCACAGUUCGCUUUGCACAUCAUAGCAUCCGACAAUUCUUCAUUAGCCAGGUCGAUGCUACUCUUGCAAAAGCGGUCGACCCAGAUGAGGCUAACCUUGAGAUGGGACGGAUCAUCUUGACAUACCUGAACUACGAUAUCCUGGACCGCCGGGUGACCAGAAUGGUCGCUCCGUCUGUUCCUGCUGCAGGUGCGCCAUCCAAAAUCAUUCAAUCAACCUUUGGAGAAUCCAAGAAGACCAAGAAAAUUGCCCUGGCCUGGCUCAAAUCGCGGAAGGAACCCUCAUAUGAUAUUGGUCAUGUUCUACACAGUACAAGAGGGACUUCUUCACAUGAAUCAUUUCACUUUUUACGGUACAUUAAGGAGUACUAUUAUUAUCAUAUCGCGGGGCUGUGGCGAGAGCAGGGGGUUAUUAGCCAGUUCUGGAAUCAGCUAUAUGAAAACAACCCAUUUGAGUUCAACUUAGAGAACUGGCUGGCCUUUGAACUUUAUAAGGCUAAAGUUGAAGGUCUUAUUGAAGAUUUUAUACCGCUUGAUGUACAGGACCAUCUCUUCACCUUAACAGCCAUUCAAAAUCUUGUUCAACAGUCUGGAGUCCCUCAGGCCGAAGCAGAGCCACUGGCCUCAAAGAUAAAAAAGACUCAGAAACGGUGUUUGCAAAUCUUGGUC